AUGGCAUAUAUCAAUCUAACGGUAUUCACCCUAGUGGCUCCAUGGACCAUAAACACGGUCACUAACAUCAUCAAGCAGUAUCCUCACAGGGAAGAAAGCAGAACCUUCAGGGUGAACAUCUGGCUGUAUGCAGUACAGCGUCAAUCUUUCUGUAGGUCAGUAAUCUUUCAAGCAUUAUCCUCACAGGGAAGGAUAGUGACACUGACCAAUUCUUUCUUUGGUGAGUACAGAAGAUCAAGAACUUCAAUGGCACGUCCUAUAGCGUUGAUGGUGAUGACUUGGGCUGCAUUUGUUUUGAGCACUUUACGGUAUAACAGCAUUGCGCUCAUCAGUGCUGUGAGGUUUGGUAUGGACUACUGA